CAUCCCUAAGAAGCGCACGUUUGCGCCAUCCUCUUUUGGCUUUUAUUUUGAUUUAAUUUCAUCAAAAAGUGAAAUUCCAAGUGAAAAUAAUGGCUGCUGGCGUGGAUAGCAUCAAAAUGGAGGCCCUGUCUUUGAGCGAGGGCAUCCGGGAGGCGCCCGUCUGCAUCAUAGUGCUGGGAAUGGCCGGCAGCGGGAAGACCACCUUUACGCGGAGUCUCAUCCAGCAUGCCCAGGAGAAGUUCAAUCCGUAUGUGGUUAAUCUGGAUCCCGCCUGCCGAGAAGUGCCAUAUGCCGCCCACGUGGAUAUCCGGGACACGGUCAACUACCGGGAGGUGAUGAAGCAAUAUCAAUUGGGGCCAAAUGGUGGCAUUGUGACGGCUCUUAAUAUGUUCACCACGAAAAUGGCCCAGUUUGCGGAGCUGGUAAGGCGAGCCGGAGAGCGCGGUCACAAAUGGUGUAUAAUCGACACACCCGGCCAGAUCGAGGUGUUCACCUGGUCCGCCUCGGGCAAUAUUAUCACCGAGGGACUGGCCACCAUGUUCCCCACCAUUGUAGUCUACGUAAUGGAUGUGGUGCGCAGCGCCUGCCCCACUACCUUCAUGUCCAACAUGCUCUAUGCCUGCUCCAUUCUGUACAAGACCCGACUGCCCUUCCUGGUGGCUCUCAAUAAGAUUGACCUUAAGGACUGCAGCUAUGUCCAGGAUUGGAUGACAGACUUUGAGGUCUUCCAGGAUGCCUUGGAGCAGGAGCAAAGCUUUGUGAGUAACCUCACACGCACCAUGUCCCUAACUCUGGAUACCUUUUACGAAAACCUCACCACCUGUGGCGUUUCGGCCAAAACGGGCGUGGGUUUUGCCCAGCUAAUCAAGCAUAUCCUGGACUGUGUGGUUGAAUACGACAAGGAUUACAAGCCGGUGUACGAGAAGAUGCGUAAGGAGCGACUGGCCGAGCAGCAGGCGGCGUUGUGCCCCAAGCCACCGGACAAUGUGGAAGAAGCGGGCGUGGCUGUUCCUUUGGGUUUAAAACUAAAUGAUCCUCCACCAAAUUCUGGCAACAGCAUAUUUCUCAUGGCACCCGGCCUGGUGCCCCAAUCCAACGAGGAGGAGGAGGUCGAGGACAUGGAGGAAGAUGCCAAAGGCUCUGCAGAGGAUCAGAACUUUCAGAGUUUUGUGCAGAGCCAUUUGACAGCUCAGCAAAGCAAAAGGGAUAAGUUGUUGCAGGAACAAUCUCAGUCUUAAAGUGAUAUGUAUAUGGAAAAUAUUUUAGAGAUCUUAAGCUUAAAAUAUAGAAUAUUUAAGAAAUUUCUGGAAAUUUCUUUGAAAACUUGAAAA